AUUUGACAUACCGUAAAAUGUUCCAAGUCAGUUUGUGUUUGAUUGAUUAAGUUUUCACAGGUUCUCUUGAUUUCAUCUAAUUGCCUGAAAUAUUACAUGAAAAUUUUAUGAUACUUUUGAAAAAAGUGUUUGAUAUUUUGUGUAAUUAAUACAAUUGUUUAUUCCUUACGUGUAUUGGUCCGAUGAUAUGGAUUUGUUUUCUUUGUCCGGCAUAUUUACAUUCUGUCAUAAUACGAUUUUUUUAUAUCCACUUUUAGGCCGGUGGUUAACAAUUUACCAAUAUACAUAUGUACAUAACUACACCGUGGGGUUUAAUUUUAUGCCACCUUAUCCUUUGCCAACCACAUCAAAUCAAAUUCAAACAACCCCCAAAUAGUGAGUGCUUUUUGUGUUUUCUAAAUUGAAUGUUGUUAUGAGUGCAAAUAAGUUGUAAAAUAAUGCCGCUUUUUACGAAAAAAUAUGAAUCAAAACCAACACCGCCACGUACAGCACGCUGUAAUAUCGGUUGUCCGGCUAUAAGUGAGGAUUUAGACGAAUUCAAAAAUAUUUCACUUAAUUUGGGAAGCAAAGAGCUACGUUUCGCUGAUGGUAUUUGGAUACAUUCUACUCGUAAAACGGAUACCGAUGACGUCAUACGUUUGAAUCGACGUAUAAGGACUCUUGAAGAGGAAAAUAAUAUGUGCAAUUUAAAAAUGGAAAUCUUCUUAGACCUAUUAGCUGAACAAACUACAGAGUUGAACCUUUUUAAAACGAAAAAUAUGUAAUGGAACAUAAUAUAUAAUUUAAUACAUGUUUUAAAAGAGAUCCAACAAGUGGGAGUUUUGGGGAAUCAUUUAUUUAUAGUGUUAAUUAGAACUACAUACAUGUUUUGUGUCACUCUGUAUGCAGAUGUAUACACUUUAAUUUUCGUAAAUAACUUUAUUUUAUUUUAUACCGAAAAACACAAUACAUAUGUGUAUAGAGGAUUGUUGUCAUAUGCAAAGUGUA